CGUUGAUAUGGGAGACUUGUAUGUACCUGUUCUGUAUUCCGUCCUAAUAAACCAGAGAUUUUUUAGUCAACAGCAUUUAUUCCCGCAACGCCAUCGACUUCUAGCUACAAUUUCUACCGCAUUCUCACCAUGGUGGACUGGAGUGAUCCUGACUUUGAAGCAGACUUGGUGAUGCUUUCAGUGCAGUUGUUGUAUUUUAUCCUCGGCUUAUAUAGCUGGGAAUAUAUGCGUUCCUCACACGUGGAGAUAGCAUUGCUUCGGAGGCAGCUUUCAUUUCGAUGGGCUUUGCUCUCGUACAUUACCGCCCGAUUCAGCUUCCUGAUCGCGACCGUUUUACUUGCGACGCAAUUUAGUCCUUUCGCCACAAGAGUUGAUUGCCAGAGCAUAGAUACCCUCGCCCUCUUCGCAACCAACGUCGCCAUCGGUUGCUCCACAACAAACCUGAUGAUCAGAACGUGGAUUAUCUGGGAGACUAGUUGCCUGUUGCGCCUUUUGCUGGCCCUCCUCUCUCUAGGUCAUUGGACGCUGCUUGCUCUCUUCGUUGCAACCGCUCGUGCAUCCACCACAAACGGGGUGUGCAUGAUCCAUUUUGUCAACCCUGCAUGUCUCAGUGCAGUGAUCAUAUAUGGCAUGUGCUAUGAUUUGCUACUUUUAGUCUUUACCGUCGUUGGACUUUGGAGGAUACCACCGUCUUCUACGCUGUGGAAGACGCUCGUGAAACAAGGGGUGAUAUACUUUAUCGUCAAUCUGGUGGCGAACAUCGUUCUACUGGCCCUAUAUCGCUUGAACCUGAACCGUAGUCCUGUCUUGCUGCAUUGUAAAUGUGCCUACUCACUUCGUAUCGGUAGCUAUUAUGGGUUCCAUUUCUGCGGUGCCUGCGGCAUGCACCUGGUCAGGACUCUUGUCACGACUUCCAAUUUAUACCCAUGACUAACGUUUCAUUUUUAGCACGAUUGCAUCAAGCCAGGUAGUCCUCUCACUCCUCCGUCCUUCGUCAAAUUAUGAGAGCGACUGCACCUCGUCGGUUAAUGCGUCACCGCUAACGA